CUCUGCAUCUUCACGUAAAACACGAACCAAUCGCCGCGGCGACACCAGCCGAGGAUAAUCAGAUAAUUGGGCUUUAUUUCUUCAAUCAAGUGGACAGAAGACGAAGGGGACAAACGCAGCGGGGUGACGAGGAAAUCGCAUAUCAAUGGAGAGAACGGGGAGCUCUGACCCCUCCAGGCCUUUUCUGGGAGACGUCGGGGCAUCAUGCAGCUAAAAUUAUUGCACCCGAUUCGCAGAGUGGGACAUCUUGAGAUGAAACCCCUAGACUAAUCCGAGAGGCUUUUGUGGGGGUGCGGUGAGAGCCGCCGGGGCAGGUCACAUAAAGCAUCUUCUAUUUAUUUUUUUCUCGUCCAUUCCGAGGCUUGGAAAAGAGGAUGAUGUGCGUCCCCAACAAGAUGGAAUCCGAGAGCUGCUGCACAGACAGACGCCUCUGACAGAAGAACAGCAAGAGGACGCCGACCGAGGAGAAGCAGAGGGAAGGAUGGACGGGAAGCUCCCUGCACUGCUGUGUGACUAGAAAACAUAAUUACAUCACAAAGGAGAAAUUAUUUCACUCGGAAAACAGAGCGGAGAGGAGGGGGAGCCCGGGGCGGGGAGGGGAGCGAUCGCCUGCAGCCUGCAGGGCAUCAGCCUGCGAGAAGGGACAAGACGCUCCUUACAGCAAAAUGUCAGGGAUCCUUUAGGCGACAUACACCGGAUGCUUUGUGGGAUGGACCUGCAGCCGCAUCUGUCCGCGUAUCCACUACCUGUGCGCAGGCAGAGAGUCCUGUGAGAGGGAGCAGAUCUGCCGCACUCAGCCGUGGGCCCUGCGGGUGUUGAUGGAAAAUUGCAGAUUGUGAUAUUACUGAUUUCCGUCCCUUUGCUCGCGGGCUGAGGAAUUGGCGGGUCGGCCGCUCGCAGCUCCUCUAUUAAUCUGCGGUAUAAAUAUAUCUAUUUUGUUUUUUUUGUGGACACGGAGGGGGUUUUGGUGGUGAUUAAAUCCCCUCGGAGAUGCGGGAGAGAGGAGGAGGAGGAUAAGGAGGAGGAUGCGAGGCAGACCUGGAGAUGGAUAUUUGCCACUGAAAGGAAAAGGAAUUUUCUGCAAGCAUCCCCACUGAAGUAUGAACAUUGAAAAUGGUUACCCCCCAUUGCACCCGCCCGAUGCUUGGUUUGAAGAUCUUUAGAAUGAUUUGGAAGCAAGCUUUACUCCUCUCAUGGGUCACGUCCCUGACCCUUGGUGGAACUUCUCCGACUUCGUGUCCUGCCGCCUGCAUCUGUAGCAAUCAGGCCAGCCGUGUUGCAUGCACCCGCAGAGAUCUAGUAGAGGUGCCGGAUAGCAUCUCAGUCAAUACGCGAUAUCUGAAUCUUCAGGAGAACAUAAUUCAGGUCAUUAAGACAGACACCUUCAAGCACCUUCGCCACUUGGAGAUUCUCCAGCUCAGCAAAAACCUGAUCCGUAAGAUUGAGGUGGGAGCAUUUAAUGGACUCCCUAACCUGAGCACUCUGGAGCUGUUUGACAACCGCUUGACCACGGUUCCUACUCAAGCAUUUGAGUACCUUUCCAAGUUGAGGGAACUCUGGUUAAGGAACAAUCCGAUUGAAAGCAUACCAUCUUAUGCGUUUAACAGAGUACCUUCUUUGCGUAGACUGGACUUAGGGGAACUCAAAAAGUUGGAAUACAUCUCAGAAGCAGCAUUUGAAGGUCUUGUAAACUUAAGAUAUCUCAAUCUCGGUAUGUGCAACUUAAAGGAUAUUCCUAACCUUACAGCACUGGUCAGGCUGGAAGAACUGGAAUUGUCUGGAAAUCGUCUAGAAAUGAUUCGUCCUGGUUCCUUUCAAGGACUGACCAGUCUAAGAAAGCUCUGGCUGAUGCAUGCUCAUGUCGCCACCAUAGAACGUAAUGCAUUUGAUGACUUAAAAUCUUUAGAGGAACUCAAUCUCUCCCACAACAACUUGAUGUCCUUACCCCAUGACCUUUUCACGCCACUACACCGUUUAGAGAGGGUGCACCUUAAUCACAAUCCUUGGCACUGUAAUUGUGAUGUCUUGUGGUUAAGCUGGUGGUUAAAAGAGACAGUACCCAACAAUACAACUUGUUGUGCACGUUGCCAUUCACCUCCAAAUCUGAAAACAAGGUAUAUAGGGGAGCUGGAUCAGAGCCAUUUCACGUGCUAUGCCCCAGUUAUAGUGGAGCCGCCGACUGAUCUCAAUGUUACUGAGGGUAUGGCGGCUGAGCUCAAGUGCCGAACUGGUACCUCCAUGACUUCAGUAAACUGGUUGACACCAAAUGGCACUCUAAUGACCCAUGGUUCUUAUAGAGUUCGCAUUUCGGUUCUUCAUGAUGGUACGCUAAAUUUUACAAACGUAACAAUGCAAGAUACUGGGCAGUACACUUGUAUGGUCACAAAUUCAGCCGGGAAUACUACAGCUUCUGCGACGCUCAACGUUUCCGCAGUUGUUGACCCGGCCACUACCGAUUAUACUUAUUUUACUACAGUAACUGUGGAAACAAUGGAUUCAUCUCCAGAAGAGACAAAACCUACUGAGAAGGAGCCAGGCCCAACACCAACUGUCCGCUGGGGAAUAACAUACUCCACUACAUCCCUUACACCACGCAGUACACGAUCUACAGAAAAGACCUUCACAAUUCCCAUCACAGAUGUGACAGGGAAUAUCAUGAAGGACCUGGAUGAUGUCAUGAAGACUACAAAGAUCAUUAUAGGUUGCUUUGUGGCGAUUACAUUCAUGGCAGCAGUAAUGUUGAUUGCAUUUUACAAGCUGCGAAAGCAACAUCAGCUUCAUAAGCACCAUGGGCCAACACGAACUAUUGAAAUAAUUAACGUGGAAGACGAGAUACCUGCCAGCGCCCCAGGAGACAACCACAUGGCCCUACCAGCUAUUGAGCAUGACCAUCUCAACCACUACACUGCAUUUAAGGCCCACUAUAAUAACAAUACAGGAACCCUUAACUGUGCCAAAAACCCCAUGCUCAAUUCCAUCCAUGAACCCCUUUUGUUCAAGAGCAGCUCAAAGGAAAAUGUGCAAGAGACACAGAUCUAGGUAGAUAAUAUAGAGAAAAGCUUGAGAAACUCAACAGACAGAAUCGUUUUCACUGCAAAAACUGCAUCCGGUGUACAGCUGCUCUACGCGAAAGGACUCUCUCUGGGUUAGUGCUCGACACCUUAUUCAGCUUACAGUUUUGCAACAAAAUACAAUUAGCACUGACGUGAACUGAAGAAUCUUUUGAUAAUUUCAAUGGGAUGUUUCAUUCUCCGACUACCUGAUGUAUUACUAAAAAAAAAAAAAAAAUAUUAAAAAAGGUUAAAAAAACAAACAAACAAAAGCUAUGAAAGAGGGAAAAUGUAAAGAAAAGCGAAACAAUAUGUAAGGGGGGAAAGCUUAUUUUGUGGUACAGCUCUUUAUGUGUAAAUUCUAUUUCAGAUCUAUUUUCAUCAAGGAAAGGUGUUACGGAACAGGAAAAUCAAUCAAGGGGUUAGCCGGGCAGAAAAUUGCAUUUUUUAUUAUUAUUAUUAUCACUGAGGAGUUUCUGUUGAAUAAUUCUGGUCUGUGACAGAGACGCAUCGAUGAGUUCUCUGCACUUAGAUCACUUUAAAAGAGGUCUUUUUUAAUCUGUUCGUUGCCACGGGUGCCUGCAACGGUCAAAAUAGCAAAGUGGUUCAGGCCCCACGGACUCUUAAGGAGGCCAGUCUGGGACGAUGUUAUUGAAACGAUGACAGGUGGACGGCGUAGAGCGAGGAGACGGGGUGGAAAGGCACUCUUUUAAGCAUCACCUUCUUCUGAUGAUUUUCUUUGGACUUUUUUUUAAUAACAGAAAUACCGUAAGGUGUUUUCAAGCAACCUCUGAGAAAAGACUUUAUUUUCAAAGAUACUGUGCCAUAUAACCCUUUACAAAUGUGCCAAUUAUCUCCGGACCUUUACAGAAAAAAAGACGACUGUAAGAAAAAGGAAAAAAAGGUUUUUACUAAAUAUUUUAGUUUUUGGGAAAGGGGUGCAGAGGAAUCUUCUGCCACCGCAGUUAUUUUUCUCUGGAUUUCUAUCUAAAAGUGUAAGGUGUGUGAAACAUGAGUUGAUAUGAACUUUUUCAGUUUUAUUUUUGUUGUUUUUCUUUUUGAGGUACAAUUUAGUUGAUCUGGAAAUUGAUUUGGCGAUUUUGAAUGGGUGGAAGACAGGUAGAAAGAAGGUUAUAUGACACGCAUGGCCUUCUAGACAGUGAAAGAGGUGUUGGGGUGACGUCGCCAAGUGUCUAAAAGAGAGAAUAAUAAAAAAAAAAUGAAAACAC